CUCUUUCAAUUAGGAAGUUGUAUAAAGUCACUAACCAACGACGUCGUUUCAUUACUCAGUUUCCAUUUCUGAAUCUUCUUCACGGUCUCACGUUUCUCCAUUAUGUCUUAAACCUUUUGCCCUUUACUCUUUUAUGUCCAAAAAACCAAAAAGUGCAUUUUCAAGAUCUUGAUUUAAAAAUAAAAACAUUAUUCUUAAAAAAAAUAAAAAAAGAGUGAACUCCGGUGAUGUCUUCUGGACCUCCCGGAGUAGCGUUGAGUCCGACGACGGUGCAAAUUCCGCCGGCGGAUAAUGAAAUUAAUACUCCACCGUCUCCGGUGGACCCAAGUGUUACUCCGCCUGGUUCAGGCGUUGCUAGUCAGCCGUCUCCGGCGACCUCGAUAAUUCCGCCGCCGUCAAUUGGUGCUCCGCCGAAGGGGUCGUCGAAUAGUAGUACUUUAGUAGCACUUGGAGUUGGAAUUGGGAUUGGUGGAGCACUUGUGCUUAUAUGUGUGUGCAUUUUUUUGCUUUGGUAUAGAAGGAGAAAAAAGCGUCUUGGGUUAAAUGGUUUUGGUCAUGAAGGUCCCAAAGAUAAUUUUCUUGGAGGUCAACAUUAUCACUGGCAACAAAAUGCUCCUCCCUCGGCCGAAAACAUGGUGAGAAUACCAAUAAAUCCCUCUGCACCACCAGACGUUACAUCAGAUUCCCAAGUAUCUUCUGUAGAUGUAUGUACUCCUCCACUGCCACCUUCCACUGGUAGUAACUUGAGUUCUGACAAACCUUUUCUACAAACAACUCCUGAUUCCAACUUGAGUUUCUCGAGAACUACAUUCACCUAUCAAGAAUUAACACUUGCUACCGAUAAUUUCUCUGUUUCCAACCUCCUUGGUCAAGGUGGUUUUGGAUAUGUAUACAAGGGAGUACUCCAUAGUGGGAAGGAGGUUGCAAUUAAGCAAUUAAAAGCUGGAAGUGGGCAGGGGGAGCGUGAAUUUCAAGCAGAGGUAGAGAUUAUUAGUCACGUUCAUCACAAGCAUCUCGUUUCAUUGGUGGGACACUGCAUUUCAGGGGUGCAGAGGUUGUUAGUUUAUGAGUUUGUCCCAAACAAAACCUUGGAGUUCCACUUGCAUGGCAAGGACCAUCCCCCGCUGAGCUGGGAAACUAGGAUGAGAAUUACUUUAUGCUCUGCAAGAGGAUUGGCAUUUCUGCACGAAGAAUGUCACCCCAAGAUCAUACAUCGCGAUAUCAAGGCCUCCAAUAUUCUUGUCGAUGACAAUUUUGAUGCAAAGGUUGCUGAUUUUGGUCUUGCGAGGUUGACUUAUGACACUGAUACUCAUGUCUCCACACGAGUAAUGGGAACGUUUGGGUACUUAGCUCCUGAGUACGCUCUUACUGGGAAACUGACUGAAAAGUCUGAUGUCUUCUCUUUUGGAGUCAUGCUUUUGGAGAUUAUCACUGGAAGACGGCCAAUUGAUAAAGCUCAACACUACCUCGACGACAACAUUGUUGACUGGGCGAGGCCUUUGCUUACCCAGGCUCUGGAUGAUGGCAACUUUGAUACUCUGGCUGAUCCAAGAUUGGACAAGAAUUAUGACACUACUGAAAUGACCAGAAUGGUCACUUGUGCUGCUGUAUGUGUGCGCCAUCUGGCACGUCGCAGGCCUCGUAUGAGUCAGAUUGUCAGAGCUUUAGAAGGAAAUUUACCUCUGGAUGAGUUAAAUGAAGGACUUAGACCUGGACAUAGUGGCAUACAUGAAUCUUAUGGAAGCUCGGAUUUUGACGCUGCUCAGUACAAAGAAGACCUUAAGAAAUUUAGAAAGAUGGCACUAGAAAGCAGCCAGGCACAGAAUUCUAGUGAAUGCAGCGGGCCUACAAGCGAAUUUGGCCCGCAUCCUUCCGGUUCAAGUAGUGAAGGCCUAAGAACAACUCAAGGUACACGCUCUAGUGUCGAAGGCCGUAGAGAAAUUAGAAUAGAGUAGAAGGCAGCUAGGAAGCAGAAAAGAGUGAUUUUUUCGAACGGAGAGGAGCAAUGUAAUAUCGAACUCUUCUCAGAAGUUGUUGGAUUUGGUAGUUUUGAUUAGAGAAUUGUUGAAUUUGGCAUACCUUUCAUAUGCCACUGCUCUUUGUAAUUAUCAUUUAAUCUAGGUGCUGUUGCAGAUUUUGUAAUGUUCCUUAUUCAGUUCUUGAAAAGUUAUAUGUAAAGAAAGAAUCAUUAAAAACAAUGUUGGAAGUCAUGAAAUUAUUCA